AUGGCGGGAAAUGACUGGAUUAACAGUUAUCUGGAGGCGAUCCUGGACGUCGAUGCCGGAAUCAACGAUCAGAAAUCAUCACUGCUCCUGCGCGAGCGUGGUCGCUUUAGCCCCGCUCAGUACUUCGUCGAAGAAGUCAUCACCGGCUUCAAUGAGACCGAUCUCCACCGCUCUUGGGUUCGGAUUUUUCAUGUUUCAACUAUGCUUGCUGCAGGCAUCAUCAAUUCGGAACUCGGAGGAGAGGAAUACAAGGUUGGAGAAUAUGUGUUGGAGGAUAUGGCCUUGGCCCGCAAGAAAAAACAAAUUGAGGGUGAAGAAGCACAGCGUAGGACGAAGAGACACCUUGAACGAGAGAAGGCCCGGAGAGAGGCCACAACUGAUAUGUCGGAAGACUUAUUAGAAGGAGAAAAAAGAGAUACAGUUUCUGAUCUUUCAGCUCAUGGUGACACAGGUAGUGCCAGAGGCAGAAUGCCCAGGGUUAGUUCUAUCGACAUGAUGGCAAAUUUGGCCAGUCCCCAUGCAGACAAGAAGCUUUAUAUUGUCCUUAUCAGUCUUCAUGGAUUGAUUCGUGGAGAAAACAUGGAACUUGGAAGGGAUUCUGAUACAGGAGGCCAGGUUAAAUAUGUUGUUGAACUAGCCCGAGCCUUGGGUUCUAUGCCUGGAGUUUAUCGUGUUGAUUUGCUGACAAGGCAAGUAAUGGCCCCAAAUGUGGACUGGACUUAUGGUGAACCAACAGAGAUGCUAAACCCAUUGAACUCAGAGAAUGAAUUCGGGGAGAGCAGUGGGGCAUAUAUAAUUCGCAUACCCUUUGGCCCGAAAGAUAAGUACCUCUCUAAAGAAGUUCUGUGGCCUCAUAUUCCAGAAUUCGUUGACGGUGCGCUCGGCCACAUCCUGCAGAUGUCUAAGGUCCUCGGCAAGCAGAUUGGGAGUGACCAGCCACUUUGGCCUAUUGCCAUCCAUGGCCACUAUGCUGAUGCUGGAAACUCUGCUGCUCUCCUUUCUGGAGUUCUGAAUGUGCCCAUGAUUUUCACUGGCCACUCACUCGGACGUGACAAGCUAGAACAACUUCUAAGACAAGGGAGACAAUCGAGGGAGGAGAUAAAUUCAACUUACAAAAUAAUGCGGCGUAUAGAAGCUGAGGAGAUGACUCUUGAUGUUUCUGAGGUCAUAAUCACGAGCACAAAACAGGAAAUUGAGGAGCAAUGGCGUCUUUACGAUGGAUUCGAUCCUGUUAUAGAGCGCAAGCUUCGAGCUCGUAUUAGACGUAAUGUUAGCUGUUAUGGGAGAUCUAUGCCGCGUAUGGUUGUAAUUCCUCCUGGCAUGGAAUUCCGUAACGUCAUUGCACUAGAUGGAGACAUUGAUGGAGAACUGGAAGGAAAUGGAGAUAGUUCUGGAACUCCUGAUCCACCUAUUUGGUCAGAGGUGAUUAUGCGUUUCUUUAGCAAUCCACGCAAGCCUAUGAUACUUGCUCUUGCUAGGCCAGACCCAAAGAAGAAUCUGAUCACUUUAGUCAAAGCUUUUGGAGAGUGUCGCCAGCUGAGAGAUCUAGCAAACCUAACUUUGAUAAUGGGAAACAGGGACACAAUUGAUGAUAUGUCUUCUACAAAUUCAUCUGUCCUCCUUUCUAUACUCAAAUUGAUCGACAAAUAUGACCUGUACGGUCAAGUUGCAUAUCCGAAACAUCAUAAACAAUCUGAUGUUCCUGAUAUAUACCGCCUGGCUGCAAAAACCAAGGGUGUUUUCAUCAAUCCAGCUUUUAUUGAGCCCUUUGGUCUCACCUUAAUUGAGGCAGCAGCCCGUGGUCUGCCAAUUGUUGCCACAAAAAAUGGAGGUCCCGUUGACAUUCAUAGGGUUCUUGAUAAUGGUGUGCUAGUCGACCCUCAUGACCAGCAGUCGAUUGCCGAUGCCCUCCUGAAGCUUGUGGCGGACAAGCAUCUGUGGUCCAAAUGCAGGGAGCACGGACUCAAGAACAUUCAUCUCUUCUCAUGGCCAGAGCAUUGCAGGACAUAUUUAGCGCGAAUAACGAGUUGCAAGCAGAGGCAUCCAAAAUGGCAAAGAAGCGAGGACACAGGUUCAGAAUCCGAUUCUCCCGGGAGUUCCUUGCGUGAUAUUCAGGACCUCUCUCUGAAGAUGUCAUUAGACGGUGAGAGGACAGAAGGCAGCAUUGGCUCACUAAUGCUCAAGAGCCAAGAAAGCGAUAGGAGAAAGCAGCAGUACUCAUCACCUGCUCUGAAGCUGCUGGCACCAAACAACGAGCCCAUGGAGAAACCGGACAACUCCAGAUUUCCUGCUCUGAGAAUGAGAAAGUUAAUCUUCGUCAUCGCCGUGGAUUCAGAUUCGCUGGCUGAUACGCUCGAUAACAGCAAGAUGAUAAUGGAGGCAAUGGGCAAGGAUAAUUCUCAGUCGGUCGGCUUUGUUUUAUCGACAUCCUGGAGCAUGUCUGAAAUAAAUUCUUGGCUUCUGGAGAAGGCCCCCGAGCUAAAGUCGUGUUAUUUUGAUGCUUUCAUAUGCAACAGCGGAAGUGAAAUCUACUACCCGUCUGCAAGUCCUGAUUCCGAGUCACAGUAUGUGGUCGAUUCGGAUUAUUAUUCACACAUCGACUAUCGUUGGGGUGGGGAAAGCUUGAGGAAUACCUUGGUUCCUGGUUUCCAGGAGCUGAGGAGACUGAUGAGAAUACAGGCACUACGUUGCCAUGCGGUGUACUGCAGCAAUGGUGAGAGGAUAAAUGUGAUUCCGGUGCUGGCUUCGCGGGCCCAAGCAAUAAGGUAUCUGUACGUGAGGUGGGGAAUGGAAUUGUCCAACGUGGUGGUAUUUCUGGGAGAGUCGGGGGACUCUGACUAUGAGGGCUUGGUCGGUGGGCUCCACAAAACAGUGAUUGUAAAGGGAUGCGGGUCUCGUGCAGCAGCCAAUCAGAUACACGCUAACAGGAGUUACUCUCUGGAAGAUGUGGUGCCAAAAGACGACCCAAAGAGUGCCGAAUGCCAUUUGGAUGGCAUCAGGGACACACUCCACAAACUGGGUCUUCUUAAUUAA